AUGCAUCCGUUUGGUCUACUACUGACUUCGUUCCUCUCCUUGACAAAUGCAGCCUCGAUACAGUCUAGACAAACCACAGCAUGCAAUAACUCCCCAGCUCUGUGCUCCAAGUCAUACUCUGCGAUAACACAUUUCGGAGCUCACGAUUCACCCUUCGUUCGCGAUGCCUCAACCGGCUACUCAAUCAGUGGCAAUCAAUACUACAACUCGACAGUACAAUUGAGCGCGGGCGUAAGAUUGUUGUCUGCACAGGUGCACAAGAACAACGGAGACUGGCAUUUGUGCCACAGCUCUUGCGAUCUUCUCGACGCAGGGUUACUGUCAGACUGGUUGAAAGAUAUCAAAGAAUGGAUGGAAGCGAAUCCGAACGACGUGAUCACCAUAUUACUUGUCAAUAGUGACAAUGCCACUCCCUUGGAACUUCAUGGAGAAUUUACAGAAGCCAAAAUCACAGACUUAGCAUAUAAACCUGUUUCGACCACGACGCGACCUGUACAAUGGCCAACUCUACAGACCUUGAUUUCAGCAGGUACGAGGUUGAUGGUAUUCGUUGGAAGUCUUCCUACCGCAUCAACCAUCGUGGAACAGAGUUAUCUCAUGGACGAAUUCACAUUUGUUUUCGAAAACAAUUAUGAAAACACAAAAUUUAGCGACUUCAGCUGCAUUCCCGAUCGUCCUAGGGAGGUGAAAGGGAACACUGAACAAGCCAUCUCCUCCAACCGCUUAGCAUUAAUGAAUCACUUUCUGUACGAAGUGGGAGCCCUCGACAUCCAAACUCCAGACGUGGACAAUAUCACAACCACGAAUAGUCCAAGUACGACAGCCGUCGGCAUGCUGGGAGCGUCACUGGGCACUUGUCAGCAAGCAUACGGCAAAGCACCAACUUUCGUGCUUGUUGACUUCUUCGACGAAGGUCCGGCAAUAAAUGCAGUCGACGCGAUCAACGGCAUAACGCCUACAGGUCGAAUUGCGCUACCUGCUCGAGACACGGACACCAACCGAGCUGAUAGUGGAUUUGUGGGUGUCAAAAAUCUGGCGGAGCAAGUGCAGGAGGGCAAGAAACCGCUGAAAGGAGCUUGGAUAUAUGCUGCCGGUCAAUGGUCGUUUGGAGGUAUCAACCUGAGUGGAGGGGACUUGGUGACCAAAUAA